CUGACCGAGGCUGUUUCCAAGGUGACGGUGUGGCGGCCUCGGUGGUGGAUUGAGCGGGUCUGAGCGAGGUUCCCAGAGGGCUGCGCGUCCCCGUCCUGUCGGCGCCGUCAUGGCGGGUUUGCUGAAGAAGACCACCGGCCUUGUGGGAUUGGCUGUAUGUGAGAGUCCGCACGAGAGGCUAAGAAUAUUGUACACAAAGAUUCUUGAUGUUCUUGAGCAAAUUCCUAAAAAUGCAGCAUACAGGAAGUACACAGAACAGAUUACAAAUGAGAAGCUGAGUAUGGUUAAAGCGGAACCAGAUGUUAAGAAAUUAGAAGACCAACUUCAGUGUGGCCAACUAGAAGAGGUUAUUCUUCAGGCUGAAAAUGAACUAAGUCUGGCAAGAAAAAUGUUACAGUGGAAACCAUGGGAACCUUUAGUGGAAGAGCCUCCUGCCAACCAAUGGAAAUGGCCAAUAUAAUCAUCAUUAAAUGAUUAGUGUGUUGAUGGGAAAUGGAUGUAAUUAAAUGUUCUAUUA